AUGAUUAAUUAUUUUUAUUUUAGAAAACUCCAAUCAGAACUUCCUUCAACCUCUUUGGAUGCUGUGGAAGGACUGGGACUCCAAUCAAGGCAAAACUUCAACCUCUCUGGAUGCUGUGGAAAAGAAUGGGAUUUCAACAAAAAACUUCCUUCAACCUCUCUGGAUGCUGUGGAAAGAAAAGGACUUCAACAAAGAAAAAUUCAAUUCAAUCAGAAAUUUCUUCCUACUUCUCUGGUUAUCUUGAAUAAGAAUGUUCCUUCUACUAAAGUCUUAUUUUAUUUUAAUGUGGUCUUUUUUGCAAUUAAAAAAUUUUAUGAUUGCAAAAUUAAUGAUUUUCUAUAUUUUUACUGA